AUGGGGGAUUUGGUUCUGAGUGUCGAAGAAGGUGAUUUGAUUCCAAGGCCUGAAACCGAGUUGAUAAUCGAUCUGAUGGAAGAUGUGAUCAAGCAGAGUCAAGAAUUGAAUGAAGGUUUGUGGGUGGAUUUAGGUACUGGUUCUGGUGCAAUAGUUAUUGGAAUCAGGAGGAUUUCAUGGAUUAGGAUUGAGAGAGAAGGUGGGUUUAUGCGUAUAUUUUCAAUUUCUUUGAUUAUACAUCUGUGUGUAUUAAGUUCAGCUCCAAUUUGGAUUUCAAUUAGAAGUAAAAACAAAGAUUUCAUGCUUCGCCAUAAUGAAGAUGAUGAUCAGAUGAAGAUGAACAUGAAUCCAAAUUUGAAGCUUUUUUUUUGCUCUGUAUUCGUCAAAGAUUUUGAAAAAAGCGGAGCAUCAACCAUGGGAUCAAGUGAUUGGUUGAAGAAUAUAAUCAGCUCAAAUAAAGCCAGGAAACAAAAAAAUAACAAGACAAAGGACAAUUCAUUACCAGAAACAAAUGGUUUUAUUUUGAAAUCUCGAUCUACAGAGGAACAAAAAAAUAUUGCUAAUGGUGUUGCUAAAGGACGCCGUGUGUCUGUUAAUCUGCCUGCUGAGGAUAUAGCAGCAAUACGGAUCCAAACUGCGUUCAGGGGGUUUAAGGCGAGAAAGUAUUACUGCAAUUUGAAACGAUUAGUAAAGUUGCAGAUGCUUAUGGAAGGCGAUUUUGGUAAAAAGCAAACCUCGAAUACUUUAAGAAAUCUUCAAACAUGGAGCAAGAUACAAGCUCAGAUAAGAACUCGCAGACUGGCUAUGGUGGAAGACAGCGGGAUCAAACAGAAGAAGCUUGAGAAUCAAUUGAGGCUUGAUGCUAAGAUGGAGUGGAGUGGGAGCUCUCAUACGAUGGGUGAGGUUCUUGCACGGAUGAAACAAAGAGAAGAAGCAUCCGUAAAGCGUGAGCGAGCAAUGGCAUACGCCUUUUCUCAUCAGUGGAGGGCAAAUUCGAAUUCAAAUUUAGGCAUAAAUGAAUCUGAUGUGGCGGCAUCUAAUUGGGGUUGGAGUUGGAUGGAGAGAUGGAUUGCUGCUCGGCCAUGGGAAACUCGAGCUCUAGUGGGGUCCACUCCAAAGAAAGUCAAUAGCCCACCAAGCAAGAAAUCGCCAUCAAUGAAAAAGUCAAAUUCACCUAAUGGUAAGAAAGCAUCAAGAAAUCGAAGGUUAUCAUACGGGUCAACCGCUAAAGUGGAAGAUGCAAAAAUAAAGCUUGAAAAGCAAACAACAAAGUAACUUAAAUCGGUCGAAUUAUAUACUAGAAUCAGCUAUUAAGUUGUGGUACUGAAUGUCACUUCAUCGGUUGUGGGAGUGAUUUUGUUAUUAUGAUGGAAAAGGUUAGGAAAGAUGGUUGAAAUUUUUACAUUCUUUUGGUUUGGUGUGGGGUGGUGUGAUAGAGGAGUGUUUGUUGCAAUGAAGUGGAAAAAUAAGUACACUCUCUUUAGAAUUUAUGAAUAUUUUGUGAUGUAUUAUUGAGUUAUUUGUAAUUUAUGUUGUAAAUAAGUUUAAGAAUGCCUUUUUGGGCUGAACUUAAGGUGCAUAAGUAUGGAAUCAAAGUAUCAAAGUCAAGAGCCGGCAAAGUUCGGAAUAAACCAGGA